AUGGGAGCAGCCGAGUCUAGGCCAUCAACGGAGGAGAGGAGGCAAGAGAUACAGAGGGACCUGACAGUCGCCAUGCGGGUUAACAAGCUAUGGUACUCUGUCGCAGCUCCCAUCCUGUACACAAGAGUAGUCACCAUCCGUCCCGAUCUGUUACUUUCCCACAUCCACUCUCGUCCCCAUUCCUCGGACCGCUUAUCGAAAUUAGAAUUGUUCCAAUACAUCUAUCGCCUGGAUAUAGGAUACAAUCCAGCACAAGCUCAAGAAUCCGACAUACAUCCACCAUUCAGUAAGAAAGACCGAAUCGCAUUAUCAAGAGCUGGUUUGUUAUCGAUCGAAAAGAGUAGAUGGCCAGCUACGACCUUGGUGAGGGAUAUGGACUUUGCCUUACAAACUACCAAAACACUACACACAAUCCCCCAAACCCUACCAGAGGGUUUGCAGUUAUUUGGUAAUUUGCAGAUAUUGACGGUAGGAGCAUUCGGUAGAUCACAACAUUCAAGAUGGGAUGUGGGAUAUAAUUUUCCAGCAACGGGAUUAGAAAGGUUUCAGCCACCAUCUUCAGGUUUGGGUUUUAGCGAUUUGGGUGGUUUAUUAGCCAAGAAACAUCAAGAAGAGUUGGAAUUACUUAAUAUGCGCCACAGAUUCGGAUACGAAUUAACGUCAAAUGCCUCCGAUUCACUUAAACAUAUAUGUGUUGAUAAUUUUACAGGACCAUUAUCAGUAUUCCUACCACAUUGCGAAAGACUACAAACGUAUACGAUACAUAUAACGAAAUCGCAUACGGAUACUUCCUGUCGCCCCCUACCGAUUAUAGACGGAGUGACCAACGAGUGGAUAAUAGAGGAUGAAUCGUGGGAAAGAAAGAAGGAUACAGGUAGAGAAGAUUGGAUUGUCGAUAGGGCAAGUACCUACCAAUGGUUGAAAGGUAGAUUAUACGCUUUGGACCCGGCUCAGUUCAGGAGCAACAAUACGAAGUUGGUCGUUUAUUCAUUUACGGUGGGUUGA